AGUCCUCCUCCUUACUAUUUAAACCCGUGUUGACUGUAGCAGCUGAAAUCAAUCCUUCCUGAGCAGCAGCAGCAGCAUCAGUGUGUUAUCCAACAUGAGGCUGGGACUCUUCACUCUCGUGUGUCUCUUCAGCUGUGUGUGGCUGACUGAGAGCGCUCCUCCGACCUGCUACUCCAGAGCUCUCGGCCUCAGCAAUGAAGUCAUGACUCUGCUGGAUAAAAUCCACACCUACCACCGCACGAAAAAGUGCGCUGAGAUUCUACCACCGAUGUUCCUUGAUGUGCAUAACUCAUGCGUCACAAUCAAGCUCCGUGACUUUCUCUACGUGGUGCUGAACCAUCCUAACCAGCAAUGCAGGACGCUUCCCAGAAUGGUGCUGCUGAAACGCAAAAUCGAGAACUUGUACAACAUCAUCUCCAGGAUCUGUUUUCGGGACCUGGUGUUUUUCACAGACGACUGUGAGGCUAUCGACACUGGACACAUCAAGCCUUACUAUGCAGAGGACAGGCUGCAGCUCCUGCAGGAGGAGAGAUGAGCAACACAGACCUACAUUGGUUGGUUUGUUACAUACAUGAAAACAACAUCAGCAGAAAUCUGUAGAAUGGUAACACAUGCACAAUACAUACCACACAGCCUGAUGCAUCAUAAACAUUACACACAGUGCUGUUUCAUGUCGUACCUAGUUGGCUCUAGCUGCAGACUCAUGUUAGGGGACAUGUGUGGCUGCAUUCCAGCAAGGAGUGCAGAACUUUUCCACAGGAAAUUUGCUGAAUGCCAACCAUGCCGAUGAAAAACCUUGAAAUAACAAAGCAAUAAGAGAUGCUUGUGAGCCGGGCUUAACCGCUGCUUACUUACCAGGGCUGAUCAAAGGUUCAUGUGUCAUUAAGAGAAAUAUGCUGCGUUGCCAUAACCCCUGGUCUCACUAACGGGUCUUAAAGGAGCACUAUGUAGCAUUUUGUAAACAUUUGAAGAGCUGAACAUGGUGGUUGUAAAUGUUACGUAAGAAAUAGAUGUCCCAAACAUUGCUUUCUCACACAAGAGUACGCUCCUUUAGCAUUUCCUCACUUAGAAAAUGUAUUUUUUUUGCAUUUGUUUUAUUCCAACAGCAGUGCUACUGCUUGUGCUGAAGCUGAACAGAAUAAAUAUGUUCUUGGCCUUCAAGCCUAUAAAACAAGAGAGCCCUCACAGUCAUAUUAGACAUAUUAGACACUUGCCUGUUUUUAUGUACACACAUUAUCUCUCACAUUAUGUAAUAAAACUUCUCUUUAUGCAUCAGCUUUUA